CACCAAACCACCCAAAGAAAGAGAAAGAACCCAAGUAACGAAGGCAGCUUAAAAUUGGAAGUGGUCUUCAAUGGCAGACACCGUUGCAUCUCCUCUUCUCCAGCUUCUGUCUGACAGGCUAUACGUGCUGGCUGGCCUUCCCAACAGUGAGAUUUUAAGAAAGCUGCGCCUCACUUUGGCACGGGUUCAAACAUUGGUCCAGGAAGCAGAGAUGCAUUCCGAGGAUAAUGAAGCACUCAAGUGCUGGAUAACUGAAAUCAAGAACGCUGCAUAUGAAGCUGAUGACCUUUUCGAUGAAUACAAUCUUUGCACGAAAAGGCACAAGGCUCGUGGUACUUUCUUGCUUUCGUUCUUCAUCAAGCAUCUAAUAUUUGGCUUCAGGCUAGGCGGCAAGCUGGAAAAGAUAGAAAAAAAUCUGGGUUCACUUCUGAAGACUGGUGCGGAGUUCAAAAGGAUCAUUGAUGCUUACACUCUAAAAGGACCAGUGGAAGAAAGUCAUUCAGCUCGUGCUCAAGGUGUUCAUCGCCUCUCAAGUUCGUUCAUGAUUGAUUCUGAUGUCGUUGGAAGGGAAUUCGACAAAGAAAACAUCUUGUCCGUCCUGUUCGAGUCAAGUGAUGAGAAUCAACUGACAGUGAUUCCAAUAGUCGGCAUGGGGGGAGUCGGUAAGACGACUCUUGCACAGCUAAUAUACAACGAUUUAUACGCAUCAGGUCACUUUGAGCGCAAAAUGUGGGUCUCAGUUGGUGAGGAUUUCGACCUCAUAAAAAUUGCCAAGGCUAUAAUUGAACAGAUAAAUCAUGAGGCCAAAAAUCUUUCCAGCUUGGAGGUUCUACAAGAGACCCUUCGUCGUAGCAUAUUACAAAAAAGAAUCCUGCUUGUCUUGGAUGAUGUUUGGAAUGAAGAUAGCUUGAAAUGGUCCAUGAUGUCUCGGGGAUUUCUUGGAGCAGCACUUCGUGGAUCAGCAGUUGUAGUCACCACAAGAAAUACGACGGUUGCAAGACUCAGUGGCACGGUCCUGCCUUACUACCUAGGACCUCUGGAUGAAGAAGAUUCCUGGAGUCUUUUCAGGAAGUUUGCAUUUAAAUCCAUUCACAAUAGAGAAAAUAUUGAAUUGGAAGAGAUUGGACGAAGAAUUGUUCAAAGAUGUGGAGGAUUGCCUCUUGCAAUCAAGAGCUUGGCCGGUCUAAUGGGAUCCAAAGAGAAAGCCCGUGAGUGGCUUUUCUUCAUGGAAGAAAACAUAGGGAAUUUACCUGAAUUGGAGAAUCAUUUUUUCUCUGUUUUAAGGCUGAGCUAUAAUCAUCUACCGUCACAUCUGAAGCAAUGUUUUGCUUAUUGUUCCAUAUUUCCAAAAAAUCAUAAGAUCUAUAGAGAGAAGCUGAUCCAGUUGUGGAUUGCUGAAGGUUUUGUCAGAUCAGGAAAGGGAAGCAGAAGGCCAGAGGAUGCUGCAAACGGGUACUUCAUGGAGUUAAUAGAGCGAUCAUUUUUUGUACAGAUAACCAGAGAUGAAUUUGGGGAAAUCCGAGAUUGCAGAAUGCAUGAUCUAGUGCAUGAUCUUGCCCAGUCCGUUGCCAGCGUUGGGUGCUCAAUUUUAGAAACUGGAGAUUCGCAGGUUGUGUCCAAGGAACUUCGACAUUCCUCUUUAGUCGGAAAGUCUGAAACAUCAACUGUCCCUGAAUCACUGAAUGAAGCCACCAACCUACGGACACUGCUUUUAUUAUCUUGUAAGUUUGACUCUAAUCCUAAACUGCUCCAAAACCUUGUCUGCUUGAGAGUGUUGGAUUUAAGUCAGAGUGGCAUUCGAAAACUGUCAAAAGCCAUCGGUAAUUUGAAGCAUCUUAGGUACCUGAAUCUUUCUCACACUCACAUCAAAACAUUGCCAGAGUCGAUCAGUAACCUAAGGAACUUGCAGACACUGGAAUUAGUAGACUGCUAUGAUUUCCAAGAAAUACCAAGAGCUAUUUGUGAGUUAACAAACCUCAGGAAUCUUGAUUUCCAAUCCUGUCCUUUGUUAAUCCAUAUCCCUCUCGGGAUAGGGAAACUCAAGUUUCUGCAAAGGUUACCCGUAUUUCUAGUGAAUAACAUGGAUGGCUCCGCUGGCCUGUGUGAGUUGCGGAGCUUGGAACUAAGAGAAAGAUUAGAGAUCAAGAAUCUCAAGUUUGUUAAAUGUGCAGAAGAUGCUUCUGAAGCAAAACUCCACGAGAAGGCUGGCAUUAUCUCCUUGGCAUUAUCAUGGGGUGAAGACACAGAUUCUGUCACUUCAGUUUUGGAUGACAUAUUGGAGAAACUCAGGCCAACCCCUCACUUGAAAGUUUUGGAAAUAACAGGAUACAAAGGGUUGACAUCCCCAUCUUGGCUGAGGAACCAAUACUUGCCUAAUUUGGUGAAACUUUCGCUGGCUAAUUGUAGUUGCAGAAAGCUUCCACCCCUUGGAGAUCUCCCAUACCUAAACGAUCUAAGCAUCAGAGGUAUGACAGAAGUUCACAGCAUAGGGGAUGAAUUUUAUGGUCACGGUGAUUCUUCUAGUUUCCCAUCUCUAAAGCAACUUGAACUUUUUGAUAUGCCUAAUUUAUCUGAAUGGAAAUGUCGCGGGAAAGAUAAAAUCGAAAGCUUCAGCACAGUCCAAGAAUCAUCAAGCAAUUGGUACAACCGAAGUUUUCCUUGCCUUGAAACUCUAACUGUGAUGGGAUGCAGCAAGUUAAUCAACUUGCCAUCAAUUCCAUAUCUCAAGAGUUUGGCUCUGUGGAACAGCAGUGAGCAGCUACUGGAUUCGAUUUCUAAUCUGACAUCCCUCUCAACUCUGCUUGUUUUUGAAUUUCAACUUUCCCAGCAACCUGUGUUUCUCCUCUCAGAAACUGGAUUUGGUUCUGUUACAACAUUGACCAUCUAUGAUUGUGGUGAUUUGAUCUCACGGUUGAAUGAGAAAAUCCGUGGUUUCACAUCUCUAAAGUAUUUGAGUGUUAUACACUGUCACAGACUCCAGUCGCUGCCCACAGAAGUUGGAUAUCUUACAACCCUCCAGACGCUGAAUAUUGCACACUGCCAGGAUCUGGCUCACUUUCCUGAUACAAUGUCAAACCUUUCUUCUUUGGAAGAAGUGAAGAUUACAGCUUGCCCUUUGCUAGAAUCAUUGCCUCAGAAAAUGCUUGAUCUACCAAGUUCGCCAAAGUUUAUCAUCCAAGACUGUCCAAAAUUGCAAAAGUUCAUGGAACCUUUUGUGACAAGUAGGAGAUCUUCUGGGGUGACACUGACUCCAAAUGCAAGGGAAGAGAUUCAACAGAAUAUUUGCACGCCGAUGUGCGUGUAGCUCAAUCUGCAAGCACUUGACCGUUAUGUUGAGAGUACUCAGUUCCAGUCUUUCCACCUUGAUUGAUGUCAAUUUGUAAGAACCACCUUGCGCCAGUGGCAUGCCUCGGCU